AUUGCCGUCGCUGCUGCUGGUCUUUCUUGUUGGUCUCACUAAUAAAUUCCCAUCCCAGCGACCAUCUCUCUCCUCUUUCCAUCUCCCCCCUUCUCCAUCUUGGCCGGCGACCUCUGUGCGAUCCAUCGGAAGAGGAGGCGGAGCAGGAGAUCAAAGGAAAUUCUUCUGAUCGUUUUUUUUUUGAGUGAGAAAGAGAAGGGGGGCAACAGAGAGAGGGGAGGAAGAAAUGAACGGUGCUGCGGCGGUGGUUGGAGGGAGGCAGAUGCAGCGAGCCAGUCAUCAUCACCAGCGGCAGUACUCGUCGGACCACUUCUUCCUCGACUCCCUCGCCACCAGCGUCGGCGGCGGAGGCGCCGGCAACAAGUGGCUCCAGUCCGCCGGCCUUCAUCACAUCCAGUCCUCCAGCCUCACUUCAGCCCAGCAGGUGGAGUACUCCAGGAUGCUGCGGAGCAUGCAGAAGGGCAUGAGCGGGGAGUCCUUGCUCUCCGCGGAGCCCUCGACGCCACCGUUGAGCUCGCGGUCUUCCAGCCAGCGGAAGAAUGGGGAUGUUGUGUCGCCGAGCGAGCUCAGUCCUGGGAUCUUGGAUAUCCACUCCUUCGACACCGAGCUUCUCCCAGAAAUGCCAGUUCCUGGAUUGUAUGAAAGUGCUGCACCCUUUGGCUAUGCUCGAGGCAGAAGUUUUGAUGAUUUGGAACCCAGCUUUUCUGCAAGCAAACAGAUGAACAGCAAUCGGGUUGUACCAGAAAGCAAUCUCUUGAAAUGUUUUUCAGCUGAUAAAGAUAAAUCGGGUUCUGUAGCCAAGAUCAAAGUAGUGGUGCGCAAAAGGCCACUGAACAAAAAGGAAAUAGCAAAGAAAGAGGAAGACAUCAUCACAAUUGAACAAAAUUUAAACUCUCUUACUGUUCAUGAGACUAAACUCAAGGUUGACCUAACAGAGUAUGUUGAGAAGCAUGAGUUUGUGUUUGAUGCUGUGCUCGAUGAGGAUGUUUCAAAUGAUGAAGUAUAUCGUGAAACUGUGGAGCCAAUUGUCCCUGCUAUCUUUCAGCGUACAAAGGCAACAUGUUUUGCUUAUGGACAAACAGGCA